AUGAAAGCUGCUGUUGUCCCAGAAUCGGUAACUGAAACCAAAUUAGCUGAAAUCAAAGAAAUCCCUAAACCAACCAUUGAUGACGAUCAAAUCUUAAUCAAAGCAGAAGCUGGUGCUAUUAAUCCAACUGAUUGGAAACAUAUAAUUGUGGCACGUUCCAGUAAACCAGGUGAUAUUAUUGGAUGUGAUGUUAGUGGGAUUGUUGAAGAAGUUGGUUCUAAAGUAACAAAUUUUAAAAAAGGAGAUGCUGUUAGUGCUUAUAUUACAGGGAAUAUUUCUCCUAUUAAUGGUGCCUUUAGUGAAUAUGUUGCUGCUUAUCCCCAAGCUACGAUUAAAUAUACUAAUGGUUUAAUUCAUUCUACUGCUGUUGCAAAAGCAUCGACUAUAAUUAAAACUUUUGAAGGUGCAGCAAGUAUGACUUUAGGAUUAGCUACAGUUGCCAUGUCAUUUUCUCAUCAUUUAAAUAUUAGUAAACAUCAACAAAAGCAGGGUAAUGAUGCAAUUUUGAUUUGGGGUGGUGCAACGGCAACAGGGAUUUUAGCUAUUCAAGUUGCUAAAUUAGUUUAUAAUUUAACCGUGAUUACUACCGCAUCACCUAAGAAUCAUGAAUAUUUGAAACAAUUGGGUGCUGAUUAUGUUUUAGAUUAUAAUGAUUCAAGAAUUGUUGAAAAUAUUAGAAAAAUCGGUAAUGGUAAUAUUAGAUUUGGAUUAGAUACAGUUUCUAAUGCUACUACUUUCCAAUAUCUUUAUGAUGCUACUGAAAGUACUACUUCUAGUUAUGAUAAGAUGGUUUAUUUGGAUUCAUUAUUGGCAUUAGAUGGUAAUACUAUCAAAACUGAUCCAAAAAGAGACAAAUCGGUUCAUUGGGGUUAUACAUUUGUUGAUCAUUCUAUUAUUAAAGUGAAAAAAUUUGGUAAUAAAGAAUAUUCUCAAACUCCAGAAUUAUUUAAUGAUUAUUAUAAAUGGUGGCAAGAAAUUAUGCCAACAAUUAUUAAUAAAAUUAAACAUGCAAAUUUGAAAAUUUUAGAUAAUGGAUUAGAAUCUGUUAAUGAAGCAUUACAAUUAUCUAAAGAUAGUAAAGUAUCUGCCGAAAAAAUUGUCUUCACCAUUUGA